AUGGAGCGUGCACUGCAAGUACAGCAUGUCCCGAACAACCAAUACGUGGAGUUUGCUGCUUAUCACCUUUUGGAAAAGGCCCAACAUUGGUGGCAGGCGGAAUGCCGCUUGCUCCAACUUCAGAAUGUCGAUGUUCCUUGGAAUGUAUUCCGGACGGCCUUCUACAAGAAGUACUUUCCUAUGUCGGCAAGGGAAGCAAAGGAGAUGGAACUGAUGCAACUAAAUCAAGGUUCUCUAUCGGUGGCGGACUACACAAGCAAGUUUGAGGAACUCUAUAGGUUUUCUAGGGUAUGUCAGGGUGCCCCGGAGACCUAUGAAAGUUGGAAGUGUGUCAGGUAUCAAGGUGGCUUGAAGGGCGAUAUCAUUACUGCUGUGGCUCCUAUGGAGAUUCGGGUUUUCUCCAAUCUGGUGAACAAGGCAAGAGUGGUUGAGGAAUGCGCGAAGACGGUAGCCUCGUCAAGGGACACUCGUGGAGGAGACACUAGUAGAGAACAUGACGAUUACCUUGGGCCAAGGGGACAGAACUUCAAAAGAUAUGGUGAGAGGAAACGGUCAAGAGCUUACUCCUCUGAUAUGAAAUGUCAAGAGUGUGGAAACUACCACCCAAAUAGGCUAUGCCAGUUGGGUAAGAAACUAUGUUACAAGUGUGGCUCACCGGGACAUUUGGUUAGAGAUUGUCCACACUGA